GUUAAAAUGAGAAAAUCGAAUCCCCACAUCAGCAGUUAACCCAUCUCAUCUCCGCUCUUUGCCUUCCGAUCUACAGCUGUAUUCUGUACCCACCGCCAAUUCCAAUUCCAAUUCCAAUUCCAAUUCCAAGCGCCGACAUUAUCAUCUAAAUCUCACUCGCUCUCUCUCUCAACUCGUCAAGGCGUCAGUAAUGUUAGAGUCGAAGCGUGUGAGCGAAGAAGAAGCUUAGGCCAUGGCGACUCAGGUUCAGAGCCCGAUGAGCUGGAGAGACUCGUACAGAGGCAUGUCCUCUGACAACAUUAAGGGUUUGGUUCUUGCUUUGUCUUCAAGCUUGUUUAUUGGUGCUAGUUUCAUAGUCAAGAAAAAGGGCUUGAAGAAGGCUGGGGCUUCUGGCAUCCGAGCAGGAGUGGGAGGAUAUUCAUACCUAUAUGAGCCACUUUGGUGGGUGGGCAUGAUAACAAUGAUUGUAGGAGAAGUUGCUAAUUUUGCGGCUUAUGCAUUUGCGCCAGCUAUACUAGUAACUCCUCUUGGCGCUCUCAGCAUAAUUAUCAGUGCUGUGCUUGCACAUAUUAUUUUAAGGGAGAAGCUGCAUAUCUUUGGGAUUCUUGGUUGUGCUUUAUGUGUUGUUGGUUCUACAACAAUUGUUUUACAUGCUCCUCAAGAACGUGAGAUUGAAUCUGUAACAGAAGUUUGGGCUCUUGCCAUGGAACCAGGUUUUCUAUUUUAUGCAGCUCUUGUCAUAACUGCUGUUUUUAUACUUAUAUUCCACUUCAUCCCGCAAUAUGGCCAGACACACAUAAUGGUUUACAUUGGAGUUUGUUCGCUUGUAGGUUCCUUGUCGGUCAUGAGUGUUAAAGCACUUGGAAUUGCUCUGAAGUUGACGUUAUCCGGAAUGAAUCAACUAGUCUAUCCCCAAACUUGGGUCUUCACUUUAGUUGUAAUUACUUGUGUGCUCACCCAAAUGAAUUACUUGAACAAGGCACUUGAUACAUUCAACACAGCCGUGGUAUCUCCUAUAUACUAUGUUAUGUUCACAUCACUAACUAUUCUGGCUAGUGUGAUCAUGUUUAAGGAUUGGGACAGACAGAGUCCAACACAAGUUAUCACAGAAAUGUGUGGCUUUGUGACUAUACUUGGAGGAACUUUUCUUCUUCACAGAACAAAGGAUAUGACUGACGGUUUGACAACAUCAAUGUCCUCUUUGCGACUAUCUAAGCAUGCAGAGGAGGAUGGAAUGGAUGGUGCUGAAGGCAUCCCACUCAGGCGGCAGGAUAGCUCAAGAUCAUGACGCAACAAUUCCAAAGAACUUGCAUGCUUAUUCCGGGGGAACUUACUAAUGCGGGCCUUUGUAUUUUAUGGAGCAUCGUAUCUACCCAACCGCCCAAUCAUUUCUUUUUGGAUAGUUUAGAUUGGUAAGAGUUUCAUCCCCUCCCUUCCCCCGUUUUUUGGCUGGUUGGCUUUUACUGUUGCUACUUUAAGCACUUGUAUACUCUCUCUUCAUUCUAGGAAAGAAAGACCCUGGGCAAUUGAACUUUGAGCAAAUUGGUUCUGCAGUGUAUCUUGGCUGACAUUUGCCAUUCAAUGAAUCUCUAAAGAUCGUAUCUUAUUUCCCGUGCUCUCC